CCUCUUUUCCCGGGUAUAGGUUCUCUACGUCACACCUGUCAAUCAUCUCGGCACGGGUCCCACUGGUCUGUGACGGACAACCUGUUCAUUUAUUUAGAGAAAAAGGUCGAAAAGAAAUAUGGCGGAUCGCUAAUCUUAAACGGAUUUCUAGCAUCCACUCUAGAUCAUGAGAUGAAGAUGACGUCAACCUUUCAUCCAGUUCUACCUCAAAGAUGAAAAUCACGGCGCGUCUUGCACUUAUGCUGCUACUGGAAUUAUCUCUAUUUGCAAUCGACCAUCAAGGUACAUGUGAAGAAACAACAGCUCCUGUCCUUUAUCUCUGGCGCAUGGAACAACCCGUCUUCCAAGUUAUCGGAAAAGUCGAGAGCAAGCGAUCAGAAGAAAGAGACGCACCGUGGAAACGCAACGUUGUAACCGAGGCAACACCGAGUAGCCAGGCCCCCGUCAACACCCGACCUGACGCCACAUCCAUGGUGAACAUCAAGAGGUUACUAGGGCCAGUGGUCGGAUCCCCGAGGGCCGUGGGGAGGGUGUCCGGCUUAGGCAGUGAGCCCACGCUUGAGCAGGAAAAACGGGAGAUAACCUUGGAGGAUAUUUUACUAGAUAACGAUGCGCAGCCGAGGGUGCGGUCUAGUACAGUAGAUCACCCAAGAAAAUCAGAGAAAAAGCGACAACAUAAGGCCUCAUCGUCUGAGCCCGCGUGGCCUGCAGGUACAUACGGGUUACCUCGUCCACGCGCCGGUUGUCCCUGGAGCGAGGGGUUUGAUUGGCAGAUUGGAUACCGUUUCCAUGACACCGAGGAUGACAGCCCGGAAAAUCAGCACUCAAAUGGCUACCACAUGGCGGGAAAUGUAAGCGAUGACGGCAUUCGACACGAGUUUUGUAUGAAGACAAAUCCAAUUGGACAAGACAGGUGGCCCGAGGGAAAGUACUGUAUAUAUAGAAAAGGCCCAAACUGCCCCGAAGGUUUAGAGAAAGGGUUCAUCAUCUGGGAUGACGAGAAUAAAGAUAACCAAAAUUCCGCCGUUGGGACCCUCCCCGAGGGGCAUUAUGGCGAGGAUACCCGCAUAGAGUUCUGCUGCAGCGGAACGGGGGACUGGGAUCAAGCUAUCAGGUUACCACGUGAUCGACCGUUUUAUUUGUACGCGUACGAGUCGAACAAGUGUCAGAAGGUGGAGGGAAUGAGAUCAGCGUCUGAAUUCCUGAAAUUCGAUGACGAGGACAGGGGUAACGUCGACUACGAGGGUGGGGAGUACCCCUAUGGCGUCCACAAGCAAGACAAAGACCACACCCUGUUCCUCUGUUACUACACCCCUAUUAAAAAAACAACGGAGAGCGGCAAGCAUCUAUUAGAGGCGCUCUCAAGGACUACUGCGCAUGCGCAUUUCACGCCGCCUAAGGCGUCUAAGAAGAAAGUUGAUAAGCUGGAUGAGAUGGAGAAGCUGAGAAAUUCCGAGAAAAUGAUGGACGCGUUCCUCGCGAGCACCGCGCCUCGCACGCACGAAACAGACAAGAGCGAGAGAACGAAGACGAUUAUCAAGACGAUUAGGGUGUCGGAGCGAGUUCGUGACGGUACCGCCUCUAUCGUGGCCACAACUAUGGGUAUUGUCCUUGGUGCAGUUCUUAUUGGGGGAGUUGUGUUAAUGAUUAUCUCGCGUCGCGCGCGAACACGAAGCGAGUCCCCACGACAUAACACUCUCGAAGAUAACACACUCACGUACACGAACUCGUCGCGAAGAAGUAGCUUCGCUACAAAUGCGACUUCGGACGAUGAGGUUGAGCUGACAGAGGGAGAAUUCGAGGAUGAAUUAGUGGAAGACCAGUAUCUACCGUCCGACUCAGAGCUUAAGUCUGGACUUGAACUUAUGUUCCUCAAACAGCAGAGACAUUAUUGGACACGGAAAAAUCAAUCUCAGUAACAAGAUGAUGGGAUAGAUUACCAACCAUUGGCGGUACUAGGGGUUCCAAAGGGAGGGCAUCACAAUGUUUAUACCCCCUCCCCCCAUCCUUCCCCCAUGAGAAAUCCUGGAUCCAUCUUAAGAACCUUGUUAAUGUGAACAGCUCUGGUUUGUUAUUGACCACCCCAUCAAGGCGACCAUUAUAUCCUUCAUAUCUCGUGCAUAACAGAUAGUAUAUAUGUGACCGGGGUUCGCAAAAACUUUGAGGUGAAAUUCUCAUAGAUAAUAAGCCACCAUCGAUUCUGAUUUUUCCAGGAAAGGAUUUUCAGAAAUAUCAGACUGGCUGAAUCUAGCAGAAUAAACUAUGUCUUACAUUGUUAAGAAUGCGUACUAAAUUUGGAUAUAGUGAUAUUUAUAAAAACAAAUAUGUCGAUACACAGUACAGCCUGGUAGAGGGGUAUGGAUCAUAAUUCCCGGACCGGGCAAAAUGCCUUUUCACGUUUCACGGACUGAAAAAAAUGGCCUUUUGAAUCGUUAAAUCACGUUUUACGGACGUAGAAAUGGACAAUUUCACGUUUCUCGUAGGGUGAAAAAUGGUCAAAUCUCGUUUUACGAAAAUACCCUUUACCACCCUGACAGUAGCCUCUUCCAUUAAUUAAACCAAUUAAAAGAUCCCUUGUUAGA